UCCAGUCUGGAAUUCUACCGUCAGCGCUUUAUUAUGCGGGUCAGUGCCCUGAAAGAGGUCUCUAAGACUCCCCUUUCUGGCUUUCAGGGAGCUAGAGACUAAACAAAAACUUGGCGCAGACCUGGGCCAGAGAGAGGGCCAGGGAAUCCCAGAGGGAAGAGAAGGCUGUGCUGGGGGUUCUAGGAAGGCUUCCUGGUGGAGAAGAUCUUCGAGCUAAAUUUGAGGAUAAAUUUGUUAAACAAGGAAGGCAUCCGAUGCAGAGGGAACGGCAAGGGAAAGCCGGGGAGGAAAGAGAAUCAGCAGAGUUCCAUUAAAAGCUGUUAGGGAUCUUCCUAGAAGUUUGGGUAAGAUUUUCCCUGGGCCAAGGUUUGGGUUUCCCGGAACUCAUCCCUCCGAGUUACUGAGAUGUUCUGAACUUCCGGUCUCAACUUGGGCGCAGAGGGGUGUAGCUCCCCCUUUCUCGGAUCGGGACAUUAAGCGCACAGAGAUCUCUGACUCCUCUAAGACUACCGAGUGGGCAGUUGGACUUGAAAUCUCAUUUCGCUGUAAUUUCUACUGCCCUGUGCUAAGCUCUGUACUUUCAUCUCUCAUUUCCAUUGUCUUGGAUCCCCGCGGGUCUAGGACCCUAAAUACGCUGUCUACUGUUGCCUGGGGAACAGCAUUUUGCUACACCCACCUCGUGGAGCCCCCGCCCUCUUUCCCCUGCACCAGCCAAUGGAGACGAAGAUCUUCAGUCGGUGAGCGGGACUCCUCAUAAAAUGACCAGUGGUAGUCGAGAAUUAUUAAGCCCUUUAUCAGUCACUCUGCUGAGUAGGCGGGGCCUUCUGCCUGGACUUGAAGCCGUGCAAGAGGUUGCGCUGUUGGGUCGCCGGUUGUAAAUCCAUGUGGCAUGAGCUGUGGACCCUGGCUGCCCGGGCGGCACGUGUGCCUCGCAGAGCCCAUCUGGAUCACUUUGUGGCCACAGAGCUCCCAAUCCGACUGUGCACGUUCCAGAGAAGCCGCGCUCCUGCCCCUAACUCCGGGACCACCAUUUUUGCGUUAAGCUCGGGCCAAGGCCGCUGCGGGAUCGCGGUAAUCCGGACCAGCGGCCCUGCCAGUGGCUACGCCCUGGGGAUCCUCACGGCGCCCCGGGACCUGCCCCCGGCCCGCAAAGCCAGCUUGCGCCUGCUCAGCGACCCCCGCUCUGGGGAGCCUCUGGACCGCGCGCUGGUGCUCUGGUUUCCAGGUCCCCAAAGUUUCACUGGUGAGGACUGCGUGGAGUUCCAUGUGCAUGGAGGCCCAGCUGUAGUGAGCGGUGUCCUGCAGGCUCUGGGAAGUGUGCCCGGGCUUCGGCCAGCAGAGGCAGGAGAGUUCACCAGGCGGGCAUUCACCCACGGGAAGCUGAACCUGACCGAGGUGGAGGGGCUGGCGGAUCUGAUCCAUGCAGAAACUGAGGCGCAACGGCGGCAGGCCUUGAGGCAGCUGGACGGGGAGCUGGGCCACCUCUACGGUGGCUGGGCUGAGACUCUCACAAAGGCUCUGGCCCAUGUGGAGGCCUAUAUCGAUUUCGGGGAGGAUGACAACCUAGAAGAAGGGGUCCUGGAGCAGGUGGACUCUGAAGUCCAGGCACUGGAGGUGGCACUGCGUACACAUUUAGGAGAUGCCAGGCGUGGACAGAGGCUCCGGUCAGGGGCACAUGUUGUGGUCACUGGACCCCCCAACGCGGGUCGGAAGCCUGUAUCCAUUGUGUCCCCAGAGCCAGGGACCACCCGUGAUGUGCUGGAGACCCCGGUGGACCUGGCGGGGUUCCCUGUGCUGCUGAGUGACACAGCUGGUUUGCGAGAGGGCGUUGGGCCAGUGGAGCAGGAAGGCGUGCGGCGUGCCCUAGAGAGGCUAGAGCAGGCUGACCUCAUUCUGGCCAUGCUGGACGCCUGUGACCUGGCCUCUCCCUCCAGCCGCAACUUCCUAGACAUGGUUGUAGCCUCCACUGGAGCCCAGAACCCCAGUAAGAGUAGCCAGCGCCUUCUGCUGGUACUGAACAAGUCGGACCUGCUGCCCCCUGGGAGCCCAAGUCUCAUUCCUGACCUGCCUCCCCACCUGCUGCUGUCAUGCUUGACUGGAGAGGGGCUGGACCGCCUUUUGGAGAUGCUGAGAAAGGAGUUGGUUGCAGUGUGUGGGGACCCAUCCACAGGCCCACCACUCCUGACACGUGCAAGGCACCAGCAUCACCUCCAGGGCUGCCUGAAUUCCCUCAGCCACUAUAAGGAAUCGAAAGACUUGGCCCUGGCCGCUGAGGCACUGCGUGUGGCCCGGGGGCACCUGACCCGCCUCACAGGUGGAGGGGGCACUGAGGAGAUCCUAAACAUCAUCUUCCGGGACUUCUGUGUGGGCAAGUGAGGGGAAGGCACAAGCUCAGACCUAGGUUGUGUGGGUGCCCAGAGUCUUGGGGGAUUUGAGAACAGCUUGGGCCAAAUGAAAUUCUUAUCCACUCAAGGAAGAACCUGAUUCCAAAACAGUGAAGCAGGCUGGGCAUGGAGGCUCAUGCCUGUAAUCCCAGCACUUUGGGAGGCUGAGGUGGGAGGAUCACUGUAGGCCAGGAGUUCAAAACCAAACUGGGCAACAUAGUGAGACCUCUUCUCUACAAAAAAUAGAAAAAUAAGCCAGGCAUGGGGGUGUGGGCUCAUGCCUAUAAUCCCAGCUACCUGGGAGACUCGAGGCAGGAGUAUCGGUAGAACCCAGAUGUUUGAGGCUGUAGUGAGCUAUGAUGAUGCCACCGUACUCCAGACUGGGUGACAGCAACACCUGUCUUAAAAAAAAGAAGGCAACAAAACAGUAAAGCAGAGCAGCUGCCUUCAGAGAUUGUGACCUUCCUGCAGGAACUUGCUAGAGUCAGGCCCUUGAGUCCCCUUUAGGUAUUGGAUGCUAGGGGAUCUGAGUGGAGGUUUGGGAAGAUCUGAGGGAUUUUUGUUUCCUAGUUUUUAAUUUAUUUUGUAAAUACCAAAGCAAUGUAAUAAACUCAAGUAAUCCAGAAUUGUUUUAAUAUGGUAAUCUCCCUUAUUACCUCUCUUGGAGUUAUGGUUUAAUGUGUCUUUCCAGAAUUUUCUCUGCAUAUUUGCAUCCUUGUGGAUGCAUCUAUCAAAUAUAUGUUUGUCUUGUAUUUUAUGUGUAAGUUGUAUUGUGUUUAUUCAUCUAUAAGUUAUCAUUUUUUUUUAGUACUACUCUUGACCUUUUGUCUCUUUUUAAAAUUCUAUCUUGACUUGGCGCCCGUGGCUCAAGCAGCUAAGGUGCCAGCCACAUACACCUGAGCUGGCGGGUUUGAAUCCAGCCCCGGCCUACCAAACAACAAUGACGACUGCAACCAAAAAACAGCCGGGUGUUGUGGCAGGCGCCUGUAGUCCCAGCUACUUGGGAGGCGGAGGCAGGAGAAUCACUUGAACCCAGGAGUUGGAGGUUGCCAUAAGCUGUGAUGCGACGGCACUGUACCCAGGGUGACAGCUUGAGGCUCUGUCUCAAGAAAAUAAAUAAAUACAUAAAAUAAAAUAAUGGCUCAAAGGAGUAGGACACUGGCCCCACAUGCUGGAGGUGGUGGGUUCAUACCCAGCCCCAGCCAAAAACUGCAAAAAAAAAAAAAAAUUCUAUCUUGGGCGGCGCCUGUGACUCAAAGGGGAAGGGCACCAGUCCCAUAUGACGGAGGUGGCAGGUUCAU